AUGACGGUUUCAUACACCCUCAAAGUAGCGGAGGCCCGCUUCGGAGGCUUCUCUGGCCUGCUUCUCCGUUGGAGGGGAAGCAUCUACAAGCUCCUCUACAAGGAGUUCCUCGUAUUCAUCGCCCUGUAUGCUCUGCUCAGCAUCACCUACCGGCUGUUGCUGACCCAGGAACAGAGGCUUGUGUAUGCUCAGGUGGCCCGAUACUGCAACCGCUCUGCAGAACUCAUCCCCUUGUCCUUUGUACUAGGUUUCUACGUGACCUUGGUGGUGAACCGCUGGUGGGCCCAGUACACAAGCAUCCCACUGCCGGACCAGCUGAUGUGCGUCAUCUCGGCCAGCGUGCACGGCGUGGACCAGCGCGGCCGCCUGCUGCGCCGCACCCUUAUCCGCUACGCCAACCUCGCGUCGGUACUGGUGCUGCGCUCGGUCAGCACCCGCGUGCUCAAGCGCUUCCCCACCAUGGAGCACGUGGUGGACGCAGGUUUCAUGUCCCAGGAAGAGAGGAAAAAGUUUGAGAGCCUGAAAUCUGACUUCAAUAAGUACUGGAUCCCCUGCGUCUGGUUCACCAACCUGGCGGCCCAGGCCCGGAGGGAUGGGCGAAUCCGUGAUGACAUUGCUCUCUGCCUGCUCCUGGAAGAGCUGAACAAGUACCGGGCCAAGUGCAGCAUGCUGUUCCACUAUGACUGGAUCAGCAUCCCCCUCGUCUACACCCAAGUGGUGACCAUAGCAGUAUACUCCUUCUUUGCCCUCUCCCUGGUUGGCCGCCAGUUCGUGGAGUCAGAGGCAGGGGCUGCGAAACCUCAGAAGCUUCUGGAGCCAGGGCCAGCCCUGGGGGACCUGGACAUGUACGUGCCUCUCACCACUCUGCUGCAGUUCUUCUUCUAUGCUGGCUGGCUCAAGGUGGCAGAACAGAUCAUCAAUCCCUUUGGUGAGGAUGAUGACGACUUUGAAACCAACAAGCUUAUAGACCGCAACUUGCAGGUGUCCCUGCUCUCCGUGGAUGACAUGUACCAGAACCUGCCACCUGCGGAGAAGGACCCAUAUUGGGAUGAAGACUCGGCGCAGCCGCCCUACACUGUGGCCACUGUGGCCGAGUCACUGCGGCCUUCCUUCCUGGGUUCUACCUUCAACCUGCGCAUUAGCGACGACCCUGAGCAGAGCCUGCAGGUGGAGACGUCCCCUGGGCCAGCCCGGCCGGUGACUGCCGCGCAGACCCCGCUGCUCAGCCGCUUCCUGGGCGUAGGAGCGCCCUCGCCAGCCAUCAGCCUCCGGAACUUCGGCCGCAUCCGAGGAGCCCCCCGGACCCCUCACCUGCUGCGCUUCCGGGCCGAGGAGGGCGGCGACCUCGAAGCUGCGGACCGCAUCGAGGAGGAGGAGGCGUCGGGGUCAGGGGACAAGGCUCAGGAGCCCUAA